GUAAGUUUAGCUGCUGCUACUUCCUUGUAAACGCGUGUGUCGAUUAGACCACCCGAUUUGCUUGAUUCAGAACCCCAACUUCGUGUGUAUCAGAUUUAUCCUUUGGGCAAGGUCUGUGUGCUGUUUGCUUGUCCACUUGUUCUUGCUUGUUCUUCGAUUUGCUUGCAGGUUCAAGGUUGUUCUUGGCACAGCAAGAACAACACAAAUUGGAGGCGGUGUAACUGUCGCUAAGGCGCAGCGCAGCCCUUGUGGUGUUGUAGUCGGGCAGCACAAUGUCGAUCCUCCUCAAAUCGAGUUAUCCCCCACUCUCAUCGAAAGAUCGGGAGCAAACCCCAGCGGGUUCCAUCAUGUGGUAUCAGAGCAAGGUUUUUUCGGUGAGAGAUUCUACCCAUUCCUUUACCUACAGUCCAGAAAACUACACAAAAAUAGGCUAGAUCUGAAAAUCCCACCAACAAGUUUGAGCUUUUGCUGUUCUGCUUAGUUCUUUGCUUGUUGAGUUUUCAGUUGCAUUGUUUGGGCUAGUUGCUGGUUCUUAGUGGUUCAAUCUUUAGAGUUUUGAGUUCUGGUCACGUUUUAGUCACCACGAGAUCCACCAAAUCUAUUCAUAUUUCCGCUGUCAUUUCUGCCACCACGAAUCCAUCUUCCCAGAUCUGAGCACUGGAAGAAAACAGUCCUAUAUCUCGUGUUACAUGUCCGAUUCAAAUGUUUAAAUACAAUCUGGAAAGGUUAUCUCGUGUUCUUUCCAACGGAUCUAAAUUUGCUCCCUAACUCCUUCUGAGCUCGUCGCAAUAGCACUUGAGAUUCGCGACCUGCUGUCUGAAAGUUGAGACGUUGGAACUGAUUUCAAAGGAGUUGUGUGCAGCAAUCCCUUUGUUUGGAUUGUUGGGUUUUCAAAAGAGUUUUAGCCCCUGAAAAAGAAAGAGCAAAAAAAAAAAGAGAAGAGAAGAGAAAAAAAAAGUGAAGGGAAUAGAGCUGUUGUUUUCUUGCAUUCCUUGCUGUCUUGGUGUGUGACAACAUUUGUGUUCAGGCUCACGUCUCUAGCUUGAUUUGGCACUAGGACCAGCAUAGGACCAUUAAUGAAUGUCUAUUCAACUUGCUUUGACUAAUGUGGUUCUAGCUGUACCUUGAUUUGUUUUGUUUGCAGCCACCUAUAGCUCCACAAAUUAUCUACUACAUCACGAGGUUGUGCUUGUGCAACCAUUUGUGUUGUUCUUGCUGGCUGCCGACACCUCCUACCUUGCUUGGUAAGAACAUGUAAGAACUUGAAUGGACAAGUGUGAGUGAACAUAUAGUGUUCCACCACCUAUUUCCUUUAGUUGGUAGGCAACUUCUUGUGACUUUGUUUGCUGCAAGCUAACCAUGGCAGGUGCAGGGAGUGAGGAUGAGGAUGGUGGAGGCCUGCUUACACCUCGCACCAAAGGCAUCGUACAGCAUUUUCAAAAGCAAGUGAGGGAGUACACCUUGGGAAUUGAUAAUGAUUUGCAGGUGAUAAAUGAGAAGAUUGGGCAAAUGGAGGCCGCACAGAUUUCCAACAACACCAAGCUUGCAGGUUUGGAGACGACGGUUGCUCGCGUGGACAAGAGUCUCGCUGCUCUUCUAAGGCGCUUUGAUGAGCUCCACGCGAAGAUGAAUGAUCAGCAUAGAGGACGUGGCCAAGAGAAUGAUGACGGCGCAGAAAAUUCAGGUGCUGAUUAUGCUGCUGACACCGAAGUUGAGGAUCAAGCCCAGCGACGUCUACGUCGUAACCGUCGAGGUAUGGGUGGACAGCGUCCACAUGAGGUACAUAACAAUGACAUUGCUUUUAGUAAGAUAAAAUUUAAGAUACCCUCUUUUGAUGGUAAAUAUGAUCCGGAUGCUUAUCUUACUUGGGAGAUGGCUGUUGAACAAAAGUUUACUUGUCAUGAUUUUCCUGAAAAUGCAUGUGUUAGGGCUGCAACUAGUGAAUUCACUGAUUUUGCUUCCGUUUGGUGGAUAGAACAUGGCAAGAAAAAUCCUAAUAACAUGCCACAAACUUGGGAUGCUUUGAAACGGAUCAUGAGGGCUAGAUUUGUUCCAUCUUACUAUGCACGUGAUCUUUUAAACCAGCUGCAGCAGUUAAAACAAGGUACUAAAAGUGUAGAAGAAUACUAUCAAGAGCUGCAAAUGGGCAUGCUACGCUGCAAUUUAGAGGAGGAUGUGGAACCUGCUAUGGCUAGAUUUUUGGGCGGGUUAAACCGGGAAAUUCAGGACAUCCUUGCUUAUAAAGAGUACACUAACAUAACCCGUUUGUUCCAUCUUGCUUGCAAAGCUGAAAGGGAAGUGUAGGGACGACGUGCAAGUACCAGGACUAACAUUUCUGCAGGGAGGAAUUUUUCCACGCAGCCCCGCUCAAGCAUUCCAUCAACUGGACGUGUUGCUGCACCUUAUUCAUCGUCAGCUCGAACAGCAGCCCCACCUUCUAGCGACAAGCCUCGUGACAACCCUGCAAAUUCAGCAGCAAAGACAACGCAAAAACCUGCUGCAACCACUUCAUCGGUGGCAUCCACAGGUAGAACAAGAGAUGUUUAGUGCCACCGCUGCAAGGGAUUUGGACAUGUCAUGCGUGACUGCCCAAGCAAGCGUGUUUUGGUGGUAAAAAAUGAUGGUGAGUACUCAUCUGCUAGUGAACUUGAUGAAGAUAUACUUGCAUUGCUUGCGGCUGACCAUGCAGGAAGUGAGGGCUGCUCGGAAGAACAUAUUAAUGCAGCUGAAGCCGACCGCUAUGAGAGCCUAAUUGUGCAGCGUGUGCUGAGCGCACAAAUGGAGAAAGCGGAGCAAAAUCAGCGGCACACAUUGUUCCAAACAAAGUGUGUCAUCAAAGAGCGUUCGUGUCGAGUGAUCAUCGAUGGAGGUAGCUGCAACAACUUGGCCAGCAGCGACAUGGUGGGGAAGCUUGCGCUUACCACCCAACCACACCCGCAUCCAUAUUGCAUUCAAUGGCUGAAUAACACCGGUAAGGCAAAGGUAACAAAACUUGUGCGAAUUAAUCUUGCCAUCGGAUCCUAUAAAGAUGUUGUUGAAUGUGAUGUUGUGCCAAUGCAAGCAUGUAGUAUUCUGCUAGGAAGGCCAUGGCAAUUUGAUAAAGAUUCUAUGCAUCAUGGUAGAUCAAAUCAGUAUUCCUUUCAACACCAUGAUAAAAGGAUUGUGUUGCAUCCAAUGUCUCCUGAAGCAAUUUUAAAAGAUGAACUUACUAGAGCUAGUAAAAUGAAGAAUCAGGAACAGGCUAAAAGUGAAAAUCAGAUUGUGGCAAACGAACUUGAGAAGCACAAAAAGAGAAGUGCCAAAUCUGUUCAUGAUAACAGAAAUGAGAUCAAGCUGAAAGGGGCAUGUUUCAUUGCUACUAAAUCUGAUUUGGAUGAGAUUGAUACUACCACUGCUGUUUGCUAUGCCUUGAUUUGCAAACAAACCUUGUUUUCACUUCAGGACAUACCUCUUUCCUUGCCCCCUGUUGUCACUAAACUUUUGCAGGAGUAUGCGGAUGUUUUUCCAAAGGAGGUGCCACCGGGGCUGCCACCAAUUCGUGGGAUUGAGCACCAGAUUGACCUUAUUCCCGGGGCCUCCUUGCCCAAUCGUGCACCAUACAGGACCAACCCUGAAGAAACUAAAGAAAUUCAGCGCCAAGUGCAAGAAUUGCUCGACAAAGGUUACGUGCGUGAGUCCCUGAGCCCCUGCGCUGUUCCUAUCCUUUUGGUUCCUAAGAAAGAUGGAUCUUGGCGCAUGUGUGUAGAUUGCCGAGCGAUUAAUAACAUAACUAUCAGAUAUCGUCAUCCUAUCCCUAGGCUAGAUGAUAUGCUUGAUGAAUUGAGUGGCUCAAUUGUGUUCUCGAAAAUUGAUUUGCGUAGUGGUUACCACCAGAUUCGCAUGAAGUUAGGAGAUGAAUGGAAAACAGCGUUUAAAACUAAAUUCGGUCUAUAUGAGUGGUUAGUCAUGCCUUUUGGUCUCACUAAUGCACCCAGCACUUUCAUGAGAUUAAUGAAUGAAGUUUUACGCGCUUUCAUUGGCAGAUUUGUUGUGGUAUAUUUUGAUGACAUUCUGAUCUAUAGCAAAUCACUAGAAGACCAUCUUGAUCAUUUGCGUGCUGUUUUGGAUGCUCUCCGUGAUGCACGUUUGUUUGGUAACCUUGAGAAGUGCACCUUUUGCACAGAUCGAGUCUCUUUUCUUGGCUAUGUUGUGACACCGCAGGGAAUUCAAGUCGAUCAAGCCAAGGUUGAAGCCAUUCACAGCUGGCCGGUUCCCACAACGGUCACCCAAGUGCGAAGCUUUCUAGGACUUGCUGGAUUUUAUCGUCGCUUUGUGAAGGACUUUAGCACCAUUGCAGCCCCGUUGCAUGAACUCACUAAGAAGGGUACAACCUUCACUUGGGCUGCAGCUCAACAGGAUGCUUUCAACGUGCUCAAAGAUAAGUUAACUCAUGCACCCUUGCUCCAACUUCCAGAUUUCAAUAAAACAUUUGAACUUGAAUGUGAUGCUAGUGGAAUUGGGUUGGGUGGCGUGCUGCUGCAAGAUGGUAAGCCUGUAGCAUAUUUCAGUGAGAAAUUGAGUGGACCUAGCUUGAACUAUUCUACUUACGAUAAGGAAUUGCUUGCUUUAGUUCGAACUUUGGAAACUUGGCAGCACUAUUUGUGGCCCAAAGAGUUUGUUAUACAUUCUGAUCAUGAGUCCUUAAAACACAUUCGAAGUCAAGCAAAACUGAAUCGUAGGCAUGCUAAAUGGGUUGAAUUCAUUGAAUCUUUCCCUUAUGUCAUCAAACACAAGAAAGGGAAGGAGAAUGUCAUUGCUGAUGCUUUGUCUAGGCGUUACACUAUGCUGUCCCAACUUGAUUGCAAAAUUUUCGGCUUGGAAACGAUUAAAGCACAAUAUGCUCAUGAUGAUGAUUUUAAGGAUGUGUUGCUGAACUGUAAGGAGGGGAAAACUUGGAACAAAUUUGUCCUAACUGAUGGGUUUGUUUUUAGAGCUAACAAGCUAUGCAUUCCAGCUAGCUCCGUGCAUUUGUUAUUACUGCAGGAAGCACAUGGAGGAGGGCUGAUGGGACACUUUGGUGUGAAGAAGACAGAAGACAUCCUUGCUGAUCAUUUCUUUUGGCCCAAGAUGCGGAGGGACGUGGAGAGAUUUGUUGCUCGCUGCACAACAUGCCAAAAAGCUAAGUCACGCCUUAAUCCUCAUGGUUUGUACAUGCCUCUACCUGUUCCAAAUGCACCAUGGGAGGAUAUUUCAAUGGACUUUGUUUUAGGACUGCCUAGAACAAAGAAGGGGAGGGAUAGUGUUUUUGUGGUUGUGGAUAGAUUUUCUAAGAUGGCACAUUUCAUACCAUGUCAUAAGACCGAUGAUGCUACUCAUGUUGCUGAUUUGUUCUUUCGUGAAAUUGUUCGUUUGCAUGGUGUGCCAAACACAAUUGUUUCAGAUCGUGAUGCAAAAUUUCUUAGUCAUUUUUAGAGAACUUUGUGGGCUAAAUUAGGUACUAAGCUGCUAUUUUCCACUACAUGUCAUCCCCAAACUGAUGGACAAACUGAGGUUGUGAAUAGAACUUUAUCUACCAUGCUUAGGGCUAUUUUGAAAAAGAACAUAAAAAUGUGGGAAGAAUGUUUGCCUCAUGUUGAGUUUGCUUACAACCGUUCACAACAUUCUACUACUAAAAAGAGCCCUUUUGAGAUUGUUUAUGGUUUUGUGCCUCGAGCCCCUAUUGAUUUGCUGCCUCUACCAACUUCUGAGAGAUUGAAUUUUGAUGCUAAACAACGUGGUGAGUUGAUGUUGAAAAUGCAUGAGACCACAAAGGAGACCAUAGAAACCAUAAAUGCUAAAUAUAAACUUGCUGGUAGCAGAGGAAAGAAGCAUGUCACUUUUGAACCAGGUGAUUUGGUUUGGCUGCACUUGAGAAAGGAUCGGUUUCCUGAUUUGAGGAAGUCAAAGUUGCUUCCGAGAGCUGAUGGCCCUUUUAAAGUUGUAGCUAAGAUCAAUGAUAAUGCAUACAAACUUGAGUUGCCUGCAGAUUUUGAGGUUAGCCCCACAUUUAACAUUACAGAUUUGAAACCAUAUUUGGGUGAGGAAGAUGAACUUGAGUCGAGGAUGACUCAAAUGCAAGAAGGGGAGGAUGAUGAGGACAUCCCUCCCAAUGAUACACCCAUGCCUACUACGCAGCAAGGACCAAUGACAAGAGCUCGUGCACGAGAGCUAAAUUAUCAGGUAAACUCGUUCCUCG